UUCUUAAAUUGUUUGUGGACAAAAGUUAAAAAAAGUUAAAAAUUUUAUUGUGAAAAAUGUGUUCUUUUGAUAAUAGCCAGAGCCAAAGUGUGAAGUCCGUUUACUCACUGAGAUUAACUGAAACGGGAAAGAGAUUAUGUCGGUCAAAGGUCAAAAAAUCUAAUUUAAAAUACUCCUGUCAAAGGCGUAUAAACCGAAAGCCAAAGUGUCCAUACCCGAGGCCUAGAAAACCCAGGAGCAAAGUAAACUCUUGUUCUGGUACAAGCAGCUGUAGUACCCAGCGGAAGGUUAUCUACAAGAGAAGACCAGUGCGUUUCAAAAGUUUACAAAUGCGAAAGAAUGUGUCCAAAAGCCAACCAAUGGCCACGGAUCUGAAAUUUAACGCCUCGCUGGGCUCCACGGAUCCCCAGGUCCACCCCGUGCUGGUCAUUGGUCAGCUGCGCCACCUCAAUCUGUUGAAAUUCAAUGAUUUAGCCAGCAAGCUCAACCAACGUGUUACAGAGGAAACAUUCUUGAAUGCCGUCGCCAGCCUUCAUCCAGCGCCAACGGAUAAGGUUUCGCUCUACCUGGAUUUGGCGACUUUGGCUGCUCUGCCGUUGAAGGCGUCCCGGCAUAAUACGGAUUCCCGGGCUCACGCUGUAACCCGGCUGGUAAAGAAUCACGUGCUGAAUGUUUCCGAGGAAAGCGUGGUCCUGGUUUGUGAACGCGAGAAUCUGUUUGCCAGCGCUUGUGCUGUCGUUCGUGCCUUUCCACUUUACUCUCGCAAGACUGGCAAUGGGCAGGCAACUGGAUGCGGAGAUGGUAGCAAGGAUACCGGCAGGAAUGUCGUGAACGUUGAGUUUAUCCUGAUCAACAAAGAAGGCGGCGUGGAAACCGAACCGCUGACCGAAGACGAAAUUAAGUGCCUUAAUGUGACAGCCCAUGCUAUCCGGCUGACGGCACGCAUCGUUGACAUGCCUUGCAACGAAAUGAAUGUCGAUCAUUUUGUCCAGACUGUGGAGGAGCUUGGCGAUGAGUUGGGCCUAAAGCCUCAAGUGAUCCGUGGCGAAGAGCUGCGUGAGCGCGGCUUUGGUGGCAUUUAUGGUGUGGGCAAGGCUGCAGCUGUGCCGCCGGCCCUCGUGGUCCUGUCUCACCUGCCGAAGCGUGCCCAGGAAACCAUAGCUCUCGUCGGCAAGGGCAUCGUCUAUGAUACAGGUGGCCUGAGCAUCAAGAGCAAGACUGGCAUGCCUGGAAUGAAGCGCGAUUGCGGAGGAGCCGCAGCCAUACUUGGUGCCUUCUACGCUGCUGUAAAGUGUGGAUUCAAGGAAAACCUCCAUGCCGUCUUCUGUCUGGCGGAGAAUUCCGUAGGUCCCAAUGCAACUAGGCCCGAUGAUAUCCACACCUUGUAUUCAGGACGCACUGUGGAAAUUAAUAAUACUGACGCCGAGGGCCGCCUCGUUCUGGCUGAUGGUGUUACUUUCGCUAGUAGGGACCUUAAGGCCAAUAUAAUUCUCGAUAUGGCCACGCUUACGGGUGCCCAGGGUAUCGCUACCGGGAAGUAUCAUGGAGCUAUAUUGUCAAACUCCGAGUCGUGGGAGGCAAAGUCUCUCCAGGCUGGACGCAAAUCCGGUGAUUUGUUGGCUCCGAUCCCUUACUGCCCGGAGCUGCAUUUUUCAGAGUUUGCAUCGGCCGUUGCUGAUAUGAAAAACUCAGUCGCAGAUCGACAAAACGCGCAGUCCUCCUGCGCCGGCCUUUUCAUUGCUGCCCACCUUGGAUUCGAUUACCCAGGAGUUUGGCUGCACGUCGAUAUGGCCACUCCCGUACAUUGCGGGGAACGUGCAACGGGCUAUGGAGUAGCCCUGCUUCUGACUCUUUUCGGGGCACACAGUGAGUCGAAGCUGUUGCAGAGUAUCGCUCCAAACGAGGAGGAGCCGCCGUCGAAGCGUCUGUGCCGCGAUUAGAUCGCUCGCCAUUGGCUCUGUUGCUACCAAGAGCUUUUUAGGCCUUUAAAACCCUAUUUUUAUAAAAUAAAUUGAAAAAAAAUGGAUAUGUGCUGAUUUAAUGGAA